AUGCUCCGCCUCCGAAGCUCUAUCCUUGCCCGUAUUCUCUCGUCUUCCCCCGCCUCUCCAAUCCCAUUCCCUCACCACCGCCUCAUCUCCGCGGCGGCGCCGGCCGUUUCCCCAAACCCUGGUUUCGCGGCGGAGGAGUACCUCGUCGCCACCUGCGGCCUCAGCCGAGCCCAGGCACUUGAGGCCUCCAGGAAGCUCUCCCACGUCAAAUCGCCCACCAAUCCCGACGCCGUCCUCUCCUUCCUCGCCGGCCUCGGUCUCUCCAGCACCGACGUCACCGCCCUCGUCGCCAAGGACCCCAAGUUCCUCUGCACCGGCGUGGAGAGAACCCUGGCCCCUAUCCUCGCCGGGCUCACCGGUCUCGGUCUAUCGCCUUCUGAGAUCACACGCCUUGCCUCGCUUGCCCCCGUCUGCUUCCGUUGCAGAUCCAUCGUCUCCAAGGCGCACUACUACCUGCCCGUAUUUGGCUCCUUCCAAAGCUUCCUCCGGGUGUGCAGCUUAAACCUUCUCUCGUCCGACCUUGAGAAGGUGGUGAAGCCCAAUGUUGCGUUCCUGCAGGAGGAGUGCGGGCUAGGUGUUUGCGAUCUUGCCUCGCUGUGUCACCAUAUGCCGUGGAUACUCGCCACCAAACCGGAGCGCGUCCGAGCGAUGGCGGCGCGUGCUGAAUCUCUAGGUGUGCCCCCCAGCUCUGGGAUGUUCAAGGAAGCACUGCAGGCUGUCUCAUUCCUCAGCGAGGAGAAGAUCGCCGUCAGAGUCAAGUACUUGAAGAAGAUGUUCAGGUGGUCAGAUGCUGAGGUGGGCAUUGCUGUUUGUAAGGCUCCAAUGGUGCUGGCGAGGUCUAAGGACAUACUGCAGAGCAAAUCUGAGUUUCUUAUCUCUGAGGUGGGUUUGGAACCGGCAUACAUUGCUCAUCGUCCGGGUAUGCUCGGUCUUAGUCUGGAGGGCCGGCUCAGGCCCCGGUACUACGUUCUCAAGUUUCUCAAGGAAAAAGGGUUGAUACGGAGCGACCGCGAUUACUUUUCUGCGGUCGUGCCGUCUGAGAAGGUAUUUGCGAAGAAGUACAUAUACCCUCACAAGGAUGCUGCGCCACACCUUGCUCAAGACUAUGCUGAUGCUUGCAGAGGACAAGUGCCCACCAGGUUCAGAUUUGCAUGAACCAAGAACAUGGUGUUAAAUUUGAAAAAUAUUUAUCUGUGUGGUAUGCUUUGUUUCAUUAUCUUGGCUAACUAAACUUUGGUAGCCUGGUAUAGUAUGUAUGUUGCAUGAUGGUUUAGUCGUAGCUAACACCUGGUGAUGCUAAUCAUUAGAUUCAUGAAUCUUGGUAUGUCCAUGCCAUCCUUUAGUGGAGAAAAAAGCAUGGCAUGGUUAAGAACUUGGGUGAGAUCAGUCCAUUCUACAGAUGCAUUGAAUUACCAGUGAGUACUAUAUCAGGCCAUUCUGCAGAAUGACAAGAGUGUACUAUCUUUUUGUGGGGAAUAAUUUUAGACUUGUUGAUGGCCACAAUAUCUUGAUCAC